UCGGAAUUACUCGUCUCGCGACAUUUCCCAGGAGGAAAAGCAGCUACGAUGCUAAUGGUUUGAUAGCUUUGUGAUAUGGACAGUUUCACCAUCGGCUGGAUGGAGAAGGAAACACCUGACUGUUAUUAAGGAAGGGUUUCCAGAGAUUGGGAGCACUUCCUGCCAUCAAAUUCCAGAUCAUCGCCGUCGUCAUCAUCAUCAUCAUCAUCAUCAGGAUGGAUUUGAAGAUGUAGCCAAGAGUGCAGUGGGUCACCUUUGCAGCACCUCACCAAUCCUGAGUAAUCAGUAACUUCUUGCUGCGAUCUGGAGCCCUUUGCACCCUAACCCCGGCUGCCUUGUGCGCUACUCUUCCACCGUCAGUCAGUCCGCAGCUGGUAGAAGACCCAUCCGUCCUCCGUUAUGCUGUUCUCCUUGAAGGAACUGGUCCAGUGGCUGGGCUUUGCCACCUUUGAACUCUUUCUCCACCUGCUAGCUUUUCUGGUCUUCAGCAUGCUGGUCGCUCUGCGAGCUGACAUGUUCACGCCCGCACUGAGCUGGUGGGUGGUGUUUGUCCCGCUGUUUGCUGCCGAUGGCCUCAGCACCUACUUCACGGCCAUCGUGUCGAUCCGGCUCUACCAGGAGAAUGAGAAGCGCCUUGCAGUGCUGCGGCUCCUCUGGGUGCUGACGGUGCUCAGCCUGAAGCUGGUGUGCGAGGUGCUGCUGUGCCAGAAGCUGGCGCAGCAGGAGCAAGCCAGAGACCUGUGGUAUGGCCUCAUCGUCUCGCCGCUGUUCAUCCUGCUGCAGCUGCUGAUGAUACGAGCGUGCCGCGUCAACUGAGGAGAGGCCGUUCGUUAGUUCGCAUCACCGACCACACAGGAAGAAAGAGCAAUCGUCAUCUGCCAUUAGAGAUUUAAAGCAUAACAAUGGCGUCAAUUAUCUUUUGGCUGCUUUUUCUACACGUAAAAGAAGAAAAGCCACAAAGCAGGUUUUCAUUCACGUUUGCUUGUCCAAAAAGAGUUUGUACAUAUUUGUGUUUCCAAUAGCUACGAAAUGGACACAAGUCCGUCCUUGCUUGAGUUAUAGUGCAGUAUUUCUCUUCCCUGGAAAAUGGAGGAUAUUGUAUAGCAGCACCAUAAGUUCUCAAUGAGAUUGAUGGGGGGGGGGCAAUGAAUAUGUAUACAAGUCAUUGUUUUUCUGAGUCCCUAUACACCAGGGUGGUUUGCUGGUCUUUUUUUUAUACUUUUAGGAAUACGAAGAGUCACCAGUACAUGUGUAUUUGUCAUGGUGUGCCUUUUACACAGUGCAAUCAAUGUUAAACAAUGGGCCAUGAGGACAAUGUAUACCAGAGUUAUGUUUUAUUGCACAUGUGCACAAUUUAAAUAACAGUUGAAACUUAAAGGCUGCAAUGCCCUAGCCACUCUUUUUGGACAACUGUCUUGGGUGACAGCUGAAGAGAUGCACCAAAAAUAUGCUUUUUUCCUCCCAGAGCAAACCAUUGCUUGCAACACAAUAUGGUUCGGUUUAUUAUCGUGUGUCUUACUUUGUUGCCUGUUUCAAGAAGUGUCGCUCACCACCGCACUCCCCUCCCCACAAGUUGCCUCGCUUGUCCAUUUCAUCAAGGAGAACAGUCUGAAGAGCAAUAAACUGGCUCUGAAACUUCUGCUCACAGUCUCACAUCCACGUAGGAGAACUGAAUGUGAUUUCUGCUGAUCAGUCAGUUGUGUACACGUCUUCUUUGUGUAUUGCUAUUUAUUUGUACAAUAUGUAAUAUAUUUGAUCUGAGUUUGAUCCUACCUUGUGACUGUAAUGGCUGUAUGAUUGGUCUCAUUUUAAGGUAAUUUGCCAUUGUCAAUUAUGUGUUAUAUGUUGAUUUUGGAAAGAAAUUGACUAAAUCUUAUUUAUGUUCUUAAUGUUCUUUUUAUUGCACCCUUAUUGUCCUGUGUAUAUACUUGUGAAUAAACCAUAAACAUUUAUCCGAUGUCGUCCAGUGUGUAAACAUCGAGUCUGUCGAUAGGCUUUAGUCUACCUGGCCGCCAGGAGGCGCUACUGGACUUUUAAAAUAUGUAGCACAAUACUUGUAUGUUUUAAACGUAAGUCAAAUUUGCAAAAUACCUUUUCGGAAGGAGAUGACGUUUGAAAAGAAAAUAUUAUUUUCCUGACUGUUUUACAGUAAAUUCAACAGGGGGUGUAAAUCAGUCUUCAGACUGCAAACAGAUGCAUCACACUGCAUAUCCUUCACUUAUAUCUUAAUUUUUUGUCGAGCAUUAACAGCUUUAUUGUUGCAUAUGUUUGCUCGUUAUGUGAUGGAUUGUGUCUUAAAUUAAUGCCAUUGAAUGUAUUUGCCAUUUCAUGUUACAGUUCUUAAAAUAUUACCGCCAAUGAAGAUGAUAAUAAAUC